GGUCCGGCUCGGCGGCGCGCCUCGCGCGCUCCCUCCGCCCGUCCAUGAACACACCCGCGGCGGGAGGAGCGGCAUCUCCCUCGCCGUCCUCCUUUCUCCAAUUUAAUUUCUCCCGGCCUCACGCCUCCUCCCGAUUAUUUGUAUUUUGUUUUUAAUCGUAUAUUCUUCUCGGUACGAUUUUCCGCCGGGUUGCUUCUGCCUACCGCCGCCGGGAGAGGCUGCGCUGCGCGCCGGGGGGGUCCCCGCGGCUCCUCGCAAGGUUGCUGAUACUGUGGCUGCCAUUUACCCACCAGAUCCCAACCAAACGCUAACAUUUCUAAAAACACUUGGAUACGUACAGUUCCUUACCCAAGAUGCCGUUCAAAGCCGGAUUAGAACUGACUGAAUUACAGAAUAUGACUAUCCCUGAAGAUGAUAACAUCAGCAACGAUUCAAAUGAUUUCACAGAGGUGGAAAAUGGCCAGAUAAAUAGCAAAUUUAUUUCGGACCGAGAGAGCAGGAGAAGUCUCACAAACAGCCACUUGGAAAAGAAGAAAUGUGAUGAAUAUAUUCCAGGUACAACUUCCUUGGGAAUGUCCGUCUUCAACCUCAGCAACGCCAUCAUGGGCAGUGGCAUUUUAGGCCUCGCUUUUGCAUUGGCCAACACAGGAAUCUUCCUUUUUUCGCUGCUUUUGGUUUCUGUGACAUUGCUGUCUAUUUAUUCAAUACAUCUCCUGUUGGUGUGUUCAAAGGAAACAGGCUGCAUGGUAUAUGAAAAGCUCGGUGAGCAGGUUUUUGGUACCCCAGGGAAAAUGAUUGUCUUUGGAUCUACAUCUCUUCAAAAUGUUGGAGCAAUGCUGAGCUAUCUCUUCAUAGUCAAAAAUGAGCUGCCUUCUGCCAUAAAGUUUCUAAUGGGAAAAGAAGAAUCUUUUUCGGCAUGGUAUGUGGAUGGGCGGAUUCUUGUUGUUGCAGUGACGUUUGGUAUCAUCCUCCCUUUAUGUCUCCUAAAGAACUUAGGGUAUCUUGGCUAUACCAGUGGAUUUUCAUUAAGCUGUAUGGUAUUUUUCCUGAUAGUGGUUAUUUACAAGAAGUUUCAAAUUCCCUGUUUCGAGCCGGGGCUAAAUACAACAUCACCUAUCCUAUCCAAUAGCUCAGCACAUGAGCAUAUGUGUAAGCCAAAGUAUGUUAUCUUUAAUUCCAAGACAGUGUAUGCUUUGCCCACCAUCGCUUUUGCGUUUGUGUGCCACCCAUCAGUCCUUCCAAUAUACAGCGAACUUAAAGACCGUUCACAGAAAAAAAUGCAGUUGGUUUCAAAUAUCUCAUUUUUUGCCAUGUUUGUGAUGUACUUUAUGACUGCCAUAUUUGGCUAUUUGACUUUCUAUGAAAAUGUGCAGUCAGAUCUGCUUCACAAGUACCAGAGUAAAGAUGACAUUCUCAUCCUGACGGUGCGCUUGGCUGUGAUUGUUGCAGUUAUACUCACAGUGCCAGUACUGUUUUUCACUGUGCGUUCAUCAUUAUUCGAGCUGGCAAGAAAAACAAAAUUUGACUUAUGCCGUCAUGUCUUGGUUACUUUUGUUCUUUUGGUUAUCAUCAACCUGUUAGUCAUUUUUAUCCCAACCAUGAAGGAUAUUUUUGGAGUUGUAGGGGUCACUUCUGCCAAUAUGCUGAUUUUCAUUCUUCCUUCAUCACUGUAUUUAAAAAUUACACAUCAGGAUGGAGCAAAAUUUACUCAGAGGAUUUGGGCUUCCCUUUUCUUGGCACUAGGGAUAAUGUUUUCCCUAGUGAGCAUCCCAUUGGUCAUCUAUGACUGGGUACAGUCAGGAGGUAGUACUGAAGGCAGCGACUGAAGUUGACCUUCUGAAAAGGAGACAUGCCUGUUUGCUACACACCAAAAUCGCAACCAUCCAUUCUGUUAUCUAUUCUACCUUUUGUGAGUUUACUCAAAUCAAAUCCAAAUAAUGAUUUUUCCAGUACCGAAAAUGCUGUUUUGGGUGUAUUUUCUUGCAGAAAACAGACCCGUUAUUCCAACAGGCAUAUCACUCUGUCCCACAAUACUGAGUAAUCAGAUAAGCACCAAUUCUAUGUUGUCUGCAAGACUAUAUAGAGUAUUGCUCAUAGGAAUUCAUCACAACUUGUUUUUCCUCUUCCACCCAUGAACUGCAUUGUUCUGUUAUUAUUCUUAGCCCUUGAACCAUGAGCUCUGCUCCUUUAGAGCAGCAACAUUUGUUAUCAAUUCCAGCUGGAGUGAUUAUCCCAAAUGUCAUCAGUUCACUCCCUUCCCCAUUGCAUUUUAACAAAAACUGCUUUUGAAUUGUAUGCAUUCAGUUUGUUUGUUUGUUUAUUUGUUUGUUCUUUUGCUGUUUUGUACACCAUUUGCCUCACCAAAUAAGUGUAGCAUUCUGGAUAUGGAUACAAAAAGCACCACCAGAGGAUAAAUGAGCGCUGUAUAAACUUAGUUCCUAAAUCUGGUGCUUCUCUCUGUAAUGUUGCAGUGGAGGGGCCAGCCCUGGGCUUGGCUCAUUUGUUGCUUUGAGAAGCAGGCCAUUGUGUGUGUGCAUAUGCGUGUGUGUGUGUUUUUGCAAAGGGGUAUAAGGAGCUGGAGUAGGAUGAUCAUCAUCAGCCACCAUUUCCCUGCUGCUUUUCAGUUUGCACCUGGCCACCAAUAGCCAGGAUGCUCAGCAAUGAUACCUGAACCUAAAGAGAAGCAGAUGCUCAGAGAUUUCCAUAGGAAGUCUGCAUUUCUUUCAGCAUCAAACUGUUCACUAAUGCCCUGCUCAUCUCAGAAAACAAUGGCAGGCUCCAGUUUUAUCAAAACCUACACAUUUAAUUAUACCUCAUGCCUUUUGCAUUCUUGGAUUCAUUGGUACACACCUAGGGUGACCUUGUAGAGAUUUGCUCCUCUCAUGUUUCACCCUCCUCCCGCUGAAGUCAGCAGGGUUUCUGACUGCAUCUGGAGCAGUAUCUGACUCACCCUACUGAACUACCAGUUUUCUAAUGGAAUUGGAAGCCUGUAGAAUUUCUUUCGAAUAACAUUAACACUUUGCAAUAUUGAAAUGUUUUGUUUACAUUUCACGUCCAUUCUUCAUAACAAUACAGAAAAGACAUUCAAUUACUACUAGCAGAAACACUGUAACUUGUAUCUGUUGUCCACAAAGUAUUUGCCUAAUGCCUUAUAGAUGGUGUAGAGAACUACUUAUAGAGAUUCCAGUGCUAAGCAGGUGAUUGUUGACCAUCCUCAGCAGACAUUUAUUAGUGCACUGCCAGCAGCAUAAUUGUGUUCACUUCGUAUCAUUCAUCCUGUGAGCUAAAAUGUGUCUGAGUUUUGCUCCCAGAAGAUGAAACUGGCUCUUACUGAAAAAAACAAAAAAAAACCUGAAGGCUGAAGGGAGCCCUAGGUCACAUCCAAGGGCUAAGUAAUGCUCUAAGUAAUGUGUGUUUGAGAUGUACCUGUCAUUGUGCAGUGACCCUCUGGCUUCCACUGUAGCUGUGGGAGGAGCCUGUAGUUAACAGCACUGCCUGUGGGUAAACUGUCGUUACAGCUUGUUCUUUUUAAGGUUAGGGAUGGAGAAUUCAGGGUCUUGGGAUUUCUGCAAGCUGUUGAAUUACCUCAGUUGCCCCCACUUUGUCCUACAUGGCUUGAAGGCACUGAGAGUUGAGACCCCAGAGCCUUCCCAGGACCUUGAGAGAUGGUUUCUAAGGGUAACAUACAGAGAGGUUAGUUUGGAGCCUUACUUGGAAUUUAGGCAUCAACAUGUGGAGAGGUCCUUGGAGCAAGAGGAAAACUGGAAGUCCCCUCCUUCUAACAAAGGACCUGCUGAUUUAUAGUGGGACUCCCUCAGUCUGUCCUGACUUGCUAGAUUUCUAUUCCAAGAAAUACAGGCUCCCAGCAAAGUCUCCAGCAUGACGUCCUUCCUCUCAUGCAGCCUAGUGUUCAAAACAUGAACAAUUAAGCUAGAUGGGCCCCAAGGCUGAAGCAGGCUGAGGAUCAGCAGCUAACACUUUCCAGCAACUGACCUCUAACCUGUCCUCUUUAUGUGACCACUUUCAUCAGGUGGGCUCUCAUUCACUAUAGCCUACAAGUCUAGGUGCUAGUGAAAGUCUAGAGAGAAGAAUCAGUUCUUGCCAUCUCCUCUCAGCUCGUUCCCUGCAUCUUCCAGCUUGAAAUGUCAUUUGUGGCUUCCCUUUUAGAGGCAUCCACGAAGGCAGCCAUAGCAGGAGCGUGGUUUGUAACUUCGAAUCAGAAAGACACGUUACCAUGGCUUGUAGAGGACAUGGGGCAAUGGUUUUAAACUGGAAAAGGUUAGAAUUAGAUUGGAAGGAAGAAGUUCUUUAUGAUGAGAAUGGUGAGGCACUGGAACAGACUACUCAGAGAAGCUUUGGAUGCUCAGAAUCACAGAAUCAAAGAAUUAUCGAGGUUGGAAAAGACCUAGACGAUCAUCUAGUCCAACCAUUACCAAUACUUCCCAGCUAAAUCAUAUUCCUCAACACCACAUCCAAACGUUUCUUGAACAUUCCCAUGAUCAGUGACUCCACCAGGUUGGAUGAGGCUUUGAGCAACCUGGUCUAGUGGAAGGUGUCCCUUCCCAUGUCAGUGAUGUUGGACUAGGUCAUCUUUAAAGAUCCCUUCCAGCCCAAACCACUUGAUCAUGCUAUUAUUAGCUUGCUGCAAUCAUGUGUCAAAAUCCAAGGCACUUUAUAAUCUCUCUGGAUUUCAUCCCAGUAAACCUACUCAGACCUGAGAAUACUGUAUAGUGUUGUCCUCAUAAUGCUCCAAGGCCCUUCUGCUUUUUUUCCCCUUUAUCCUUCUACUACUGAUCUUUGAGCAGUGAUGCUCUGUGCACUGGGGGGCUGCAAAAGAGGAGAUCCUGGGAGUGAUUUUCAAACAUCUUGGUAGAAUCUAGAGGUCUGAUCUGCUGCACAGAGUCCCAGCACGAUCACAACUAUGUUUUCCCUUCUUUCCCUUCCCCAUAUUGUGUAGUCUUGUGCACUACACUUUGACUUGAGGGGCUGUUGGAUGUCUGAUUGCUCCAUGCAACUUCCCGAGUCUCCUCCAUGACAACCCCUCUCCCUCCUCUUUGUUCUUCAGCCUUACUCCUUUUCCUGGUUUAUUUGUAUACUGGAGUUUUACUGGAUAAAUAGGGAGAAGAAUGAUCUGGGUGUGUGCACAGAGGGAAAUUACCCAAGGUACUGUACCAUCAAAGCAUAUUUUAGAUACUAAAAGACAGGUACCUGAAAUAUUGAGUCUUCAAGUAGGCUUCAUUUCUGGGUCUGUGGGGAAAAAAAAUAUAGAGGGAAUUUUGCUUAGGCUGUUUACUGGCAUCAUAUUUAUAGAUAUUUAUGGAAAGGAAUCAUGUGUUUAUUGAUGUCUGUGGUAAUGAACGUGAAAUAACGUGCUUUUUGUUUUCUCAUCAGGUUUAUACAUUCUUAACAGAAUGCAAUAGACCCUGCUGUAACUGUCAACAUCAGUGAUGGAUGACAAUAUUUGUAUGAGGUUAUCUGUAAAAUGUACUGCUGUUAUUCAGUUCAUUUGGAAUAGUGAACUUGUAGCCAACAAUGUACAAGUCCCACAUUUUAGCUAGGAUCUAAAGAGCACAGUGAAAUGCUGUAGGAGUUUCUCUGUUGUUAAAUUAAUAGGAUCCAGAGUACCGUAUCUACUUAGUAGGUGGUAGCAUGCUUUCUUUUCACAGAGAGUUUAUCACUGUCGUGAGCACUGCAAAUUUCAUAGACUGGAUGAAAAAUUGCUCCUAGUAAGUGCAGCAAAAUACUUUAAACUUCUCUUUUGCUUAAUAGCAACAGCUGAGUACUGAGAGACAAGGAAGGAGUAAUUAGAAGCAGGGGCUUCUAGUAAGAUUGCAGGAGUUAAUCCUACACUGAAAAGACAGACUUGCUGCCUCUCCUAGUCCAUAGCACACUGCAAAGAAAAUAGUCUUGAGCUUAAAACACCCUUUUUAGUUGCAGAAUACAACUGUCUUUCUCUGGCUGGCAGCAAACAUGCCAAAUAAGUAAAAACACAGUGGGUUGUUAUUUGAGAACAGUGUGAUGAAAGCUGUGGGCUCUCUGUGUGAUGCUUGCUACUGGUCAGAGAGCCAAUGUCAAACCUGUGCACCGUCACAGCUCUUUAGUAGAAUUCACACAGACCCAAGCAGUGCCCUGCCCCUGUGUGGAGCUGGGGGGGAAAGGCCAGCCCCAUCCUGUGAGGGCAGGGACACUCACCUGUCCUUGAAGGCUGCUGUCCUGAGAUCCAUACAGAUCCAUACAGAUCCAUAGCUUGUGCUCCCCUUGGAACAGGUCAUUUGUGCAAAUGCAGUUUUGAUGUUACAUGGCUUUUGUCUGUACAUCUGCCUUACGAGGCAUAAGCACCACAGUUCUCUUUGAUACUGAGUAUUAACGAUAGCAACCAACGGUAUCUCUAGUUUGUCGUUAAUUUAAUACGUUUCUUUGCUUGAACCUUACAUUAAGGCUAAAGAGCAUCUUGGUCAAAACAAAACUCUUCCCAUGUGGUGUUAUCCCACCUCCAGUCCUAAUGUCUCACCCCGGUGCCUUUAGGAGAGAGGCACAGCAGAAUGUAUUCAGGUCCAUCAGCAGUUCCACGAGAUGGCUUUAUCUCCUGGUACCAGGCUGCUCGCUUAAACAGUUCCCCAGAGCACUUGGCAUCAGGAAAGUCCUUAUAUCCUAUAAGGUACACAAAGAAUGUUUUAUUUGUAUCUAAUGUAAGGAUUUCUGUAACAAACUGUGAAAAAGAAAAAAAAAGAAAAAAAAAGAUAAUGAAUUAAUAAAAAGUACAGGGCUGGAAAGGUCUAGAAUUCACAAAUUGUACACAUGCCUAUGUUACUGAAGACAAAUCUAUGCAGUUGUGUUUUACUGUAGGAAAUUUCAUUUUUAUGUACAUAUAUAUAUUGUAAAUAAAUAGGAUGCUGUAUAUUUUUGCAGUUGUUUAUCCCCUAUGAUAUAUAAGUGUUGAGAUAGGCUCUGCAUAUUAAGAAUAAUUUUAAUAGAAAUACAAAUGCUUUAGCUUCAGACUUAGCAAAAUCUAUAUCUUUUCUUCCAAGAGUUGGCAAUUUGAAUCCUGAACUUGAAAUUAUAAUUACGUUGCUGAUGUAAAAAUAGCAAACCAAAAGAAAAGGAAAAAAAAGGAAAAAAAAAAAAAGGAAAAAAAAAGACGAAAAAGGUCCAAUGAAAUUUCUUGGUUUAAUUGCAGCACAUCUCCCUGGUUUCUCCUUAGCAAGUCUCUCCUAGCAUAGAGGGCACAUGUAAUGCCCUCAGUUCCUCAGCUGAGGUCAGGUGGCAGCAGCACGCUGACACAGCCUUAAUGCAGAAAGUGGAGUAAGCUGCAGCCAGCAACCUGCCCUAACAUUUUGCCACUUUGGUUUUCGGGCAUAGCUAUCAGUAUUUUCCAUGGAAGGCAACUAGUACAGAUAGAAGUCAGGCAAGGACUUCUGCACUUCCUUUUCAACCAGCAGAAACAUAGUUGAGACAUGAAAUAUCACAUGCCAGGGUAGGUGACAAACACAGUAAUUGGUGCAGUUUUAGCCUGUGGCCCUCAGCUCCCUCACUGCAGCCCCAGGCUCACACUGCUAUCUGUAACCACAACACUAGCACCUCCUGUGCUGGGAGAGUAUCAGCCGCACAGGGAUGGCUUGUACAUCCCUCUGUAUAUAGGAUGAACCGGAUGGCAGCAUUUUGUUCAGGGGAUGGCUGCAUGUCCGCGGUGCAGGGUAUGGAAGGGAACCACAGUUGUGUAAGUCCCGAGAGUAACUCCACAGGAGUGCAGCCUUGGUCCUGCAGGCAUAGAGUCUCACUGGUAAAGCACAGGAACGUGUUUUUCAGGAUUGAUGGAAAUCAGAGGUUGAGAUAUGCAUCUAAAAAUAACUGUAUUUUUUCCAUGUUUAGUUUAUGAUCUUGGAUGAAAAUGAAACUUGAAAUAACAUUUGCUUUCACCAUGAGCACAAAUUUGAGGAAAAAAUUAUAUGCAGUCGAUUCUACAGAGCUUUUCAAAUUACUGGUACUUUUUGUUUUCACUGUUACAGCCAACAAAAUACAAACUGUAAAGGUAUGUUUCCACAAGACUUGAACUUGUUUAUAGAAAUCUGUUUAUAGCAUCCCAAGGUACGUUAAGGCUCACCCAGACCCAAUGUAAUCAGUACUGUUUGAGUGAUGUACAUUCGAUAUGAGCUCAUCUCUAAUAGAUUGUUCAAGUGAGUGAUCGGUAACAUUUUGCUCCUGCUAUCGUCAUCAUACUUUGUGCUCUUCAUGUUCAAAUAAAUGAUGCAGUUUUCAGUUUCAGUGUGUAAAUAAACUUAAAAAAGAAAAUGUAUUAUGUUCUGUAAUCUCUCUGUUACCUCUAUAGUUUUUAAACAUUAAAAUUGUGAUCUAAACUAA